AUGUCCAAAUCUAGGGUUUAUAUCGACGUUAACGUUGUUCGUCCCAAAGAGUACUGGGAUUACGAGUCGCUCGUUGUUCAAUGGGGUCACCAAGAUGAUUAUGAGGUUGUGAGGAAAGUUGGUCGAGGAAAAUACAGCGAAGUUUUCGAAGGCAAAAACGUCAAUACGAACGAGCGCUGCGUUAUCAAAAUCCUCAAACCAGUGAAAAAGAAGAAGAUAAAGAGAGAGAUCAAAAUACUCCAGAACCUCUGUGGUGGACCGAAUAUUGUUAAGCUUCUUGAUAUAGUCAGAGAUGAGCACUCCAAAACACCUAGCUUGGUAUUUGAGUUUGUCAACAGUGUGGACUUUAAAGUAUUGUAUCCCACAUUGACUGAUUACGACAUCCGAUACUAUAUCUAUGAGCUUUUAAAGGCAUUGGAUUACUGCCAUUCCCAAGGAAUAAUGCACAGAGAUGUCAAGCCCCACAAUGUCAUGAUAGAUCAUCAGCUGCGUAAACUUCGUCUGAUAGACUGGGGCCUUGCUGAGUUUUACCAUCCCGGAAAAGAGUACAAUGUUCGAGUUGCCUCGAGAUACUUCAAGGGUCCCGAGUUGCUAGUUGAUCUACAGGAUUACGACUAUUCUUUAGACAUGUGGAGCCUUGGCUGCAUGUUUGCUGGAAUGAUAUUUCGUAAGGAACCAUUCUUCUACGGUCAUGAUAAUCAUGAUCAACUUGUCAAAAUCGCAAAGGUGUUGGGAACCGAUGAGUUAGAUACUUACCUUAACAAAUAUCAGCUAGAUCUAGAACCUCAACUGGAGGCACUUGUUGGAAGGCAUAGCAGGAAACCAUGGUCCAAGUUUAUCAAUGCAGACAAUCAACACUUGGUCUCACCAGAGGCCAUUGAUUUUGUCGAUAAGCUCCUACGGUAUGAUCAUCAAGACAGAUUAACCGCAAGAGAAGCCAUGGCUCAUCCAUACUUUGCUCAAGUUAAAGCUGCAGAGAGCAGCAGACUGCGAACUUUGUAA